CGACCGAUCAGGGGGGAACCUAUUGCGCGCUAUUGAAACCAAGGAGGGGGAGGAUUGGAUUAUAAACAACGUCUAUAGAAACCGGCAAAGAGACAGGCUUAUAAAGACAGAGGCGGAAGAAGAAGCAACUUAUUUCAAGAUAUUGGCGUGGACUUGGUUAUAAUUUUGCUGUAGAUCUACCUUAUUGGAAAAUCUGGGUGCCAGCAUGUGCCCAGGAGGAUGCUAUUGAUGCUGAAAAUGUUUUUUAUAACUUCUAUUUGACGUUAUUUUUAUUUUAUUUUAUUGAAAGCACGCGAUCAAACCUGAGUAACUGGCUUAUGUUUACUCAACAUUUACCUACCACGUCCAGUUUGGUGACUUGAUUACUAGGUCGUGCAAAAUUGGAAUUAGACAAAGCCACGAGCAAGGACUGUAUAUUUAUUUAUUUUCUUAUGUGGCAUUCUUGAAGGAAAAGAUUUGAUAUCCUCCUUUGCCAAAACUGCUACCUCCAGGAUGCAGCAGACCCCUGGACCAGAGCACGAUGACACUUUUGAUUUUCUCUUUAAAAUAAUCCUUAUUGGAGACUCAAAUGUGGGCAAAACGUGCGUGGUGCAAAACUUCAAAUCAGGAGUAUUUUCAGAAAGACAACAAAACACCAUAGGGGUGGACUUCACAGUACGAACACUGGAUAUGGAAGGGAAAAGAGUCAAGAUGCAGGUUUGGGAUACCGCAGGUCAGGAGAGGUUCAGGACCAUCACUCAGAGUUAUUAUCGUAGUGCGCACGCUGCUUUGAUCGCCUACGACAUCACGCGGAGAGGGACUUUUGAGUCUGUGCAGCACUGGAUCAAAGAGGUGGAGCUGUACGGAGCAGCCAACGUUGUCAUGGCGCUAAUAGGAAACAAAUGUGACCUGGAGGAGGAGAGACAGGUCCGGUUUCAAGAGGCUUGUGCUCUGGCAAAAGACAAAGGAUUAUUAGCAGCUUUAGAGACCUCUGCAAAGGAGAGCCAGAAUGUAGACGAAGCCUUCAUGAUGAUAGCCAGAGAGCUGAUGUCCCGCAAUGGCCUGAAUGUCCAGCAUGGGGACGGGAUGAUCAUGCCUCAUUCUCUGCUCAGGACCAACUCCAAACCUAUAGACAUUGGAUUACCCUCCUACACAGCGCAAGAGAAGAAGUCAUGUUGCUGAAAAACAGAGAUUCAACAGAUAAAGCAAGACUGAUAGAAAUGGAUGGAGAGACAAACAAGAUCUUAGUGGAUUUUAGUAUGUGAACUAAACACUUUGCAACUUCCUGAACUAAACUGAAAGGCAAUGAGAAAGUAUUGAGCAGAGGCUACAAAAGUAAUGUAAUUUUCUUACCAUACAAUCUUAAAGGUACACUGUGUAAAUUUUCGGUUGAGGAUCCACCACCUUCUUGUUUUUAUGGAUAUGUCAUUACUCUGCUUAGAUGUAUCACAAUAUGACAUUAAACAGCUCAAUCGUACAUUUACUGAAUUACAGGUGGUUUGGUUGCUAAAAAACAUCUAGAAAAACAGGCAUUCUGACUGUGACCGGAGUUGCUUCUCCACAGAUCUGACCUGUAACUUGAUCUGGUUUGGUCACCAUGAAGAUAGAAAGGUUUAAUGCCAUACUGGGAAACAUUUCAGACAAAGCAAUAACAUCUCCAUAAAGAAAAUCAUUUGACGAAGCCUCCACAGUGCACCUUUAAAGUAAAGUGUUAAAUGGCCAAAAAUACCCAGCAUAUAAAAUCUGAUUUACAUCGAAGUGAAUGGAGACUUAUUCACUUUGGCGUCAACACUAUGCAAAAUGAAACUGAACUACAACCGUUAUUUAUUUAUUCAGCAUGGUGAUUUGGAAGAUUUUUACUUCAGAUGCCCUUCCCAUCACAGCCAGCUACAUCUAACUGGAGUGAGUAAUGGACAGUGAAUGAAUUUGCAUCUCAAGUUGCACGAGAUUUGAUCCUGCAACUUUCUGGUAAAAAGGAGAAUGCUUAGUGAUAGUGACAUUGUUCCACAAAGCAGUGGAAAACUGAAAUAACUGCCUUACAAUGUACUUACAAUGUAGAAUUUACUACUACUACUACUACUACUACUACUACUACUACCACUACUACAGUACAGACUAGAAAAAACGGGGAAUGUAUACAUCAAAAAAGUCUUGGCAAUGAAAAUUAUUUUGUUAUAGUGUAGAACAUGAACAUGACUGAUUGCAUCUCUUAAAAUAUUAAACCCAAUUGGUGAAAUAGCUGCCACAAAUUGUUAUGAAAUGCCAAAUUACUUACUACAACUAGUAAGUAAGUAAAUACUGAUCACUGUCUUAAAAAUUACACCUGCUUAUAGGAAAUGUCAUAAUUGGUAUAUUAAAUAUUUUUUGUGUGGCUGUUGUUGAUGCCUGUUGGGGAGGACUCCUUUGAAAAUGAGAUCUCUGAAUCUCAAUGGGACCUCAAAAACAUACCUGGAGUUAUAUUUUGUUUUAUCCACACAUGUUUGAGUAACACCUUAUUAUUAGUCUGUCUGCAUCUUCAAAGCUCAAAAUGCUCUGAUCCACCUUGUGAUGUCAUGUCAGAUUUGUUCAGCUGAGACUAGAAAUUAUUCUAGUUAAGGUAUAUUGAGUUUAAAAACAAAGCAGAGCAAUUUAUAUUUUACCAGAUGACAUCAUGAGGUGGAACAGAGCAUUCUGAGCUUUGGAGAUGUAGACAGACUGAUAAUAAAGGUUUACUUAUUAGGGCUGUGCAAAAAUAUCAAAAUAUCGAUAUAUCGUAUCAUUUAAUGUGAUGAUGCAGUAUCGAUAUCAUGGGCUGAUGUAUAUAUAUCACCAAGAGUAUUUUUUGGCAUAUUUUACCAAAUUAUUUUGUUACAGAGCUACAGUUUUGUUGCUUGAUCAGAGGAAAGAAACUCAUUUAUGCAACACAUUUGAUAUUUUCACUGUUUUGAUGUGUUUCAUAUGAACUUCUGCACAGGUAGUGGUGAACUGUAUCGAAUUGAUUUGAAAUAUAUUGUAUCGAAUCGAAAGUGCACGGUAUCAAGAUAUGUUUCGUAUCAGCAACUUCUUAAUGAUACCCAGCACUAUUACUUUAACAUGUACGAAUGAAACAAAGUAUAGAUAUACAUGUGUAGUCUGUUUGAGAGAAGAACUGAGCCUAAAUAUGCAGGAUUUGUGAGUUAAACAUGUGUAAAUGAAACAAAACACAACUACAGAUAUGUUUUUGAUGAAGAAAUAACAUUAUACUGUAGAUCAGAAAAUAGUAUAAUAUGAGCCCUUUAAAUAAAUGUUAAAUUAUAAAAAAAAAAUACCUGAGUGAAAUAUAUUUAAAAAUAAUUACUACAAAGUCUGCUACUAUCUAUACAACAAUAACUUGUGUUUCCUAUUUGUCAUUCUACCCUUGUCAUUGAUCAGUGGAUUCAAAGAAGUCCUCUGUGACAGAUGACCUGGCACCAUGAAGGAUUGUUUUGUUUGUGCUGCUGCUACAAGGACUCUGAAUUAAACCUUGAGUGCUGGUCUGUUUACCCAUCAUGCCUUUGGAGAGACCGCUGAGUGGCGAUGGGUGUAAUCACUGUAGGGUAAAAUUAUAUGAGGUCACUUUUAUUUAUUAUAUGAGCCUGAAAGUCCCUCUCCAAUACAUCUCACAUUUAAACGCAAAGAAAGUGUCAUAAGGUAUUUAGGGAGUUUUUAUUAUUAUUUCACACAUUUUUAUGUCAGUUGUACUUUUCAUCAAACCUUCUCUCACAUUCAAAAACUGGAAAUAUGACUUGAAAUAAUUAUAAUAAGUCUAAGUGCACAAUGUAACUUUUCUAUAGUUUUGUCACCUGCUUGUCUCUAUGAUCGAUGUUAUUGCUUUGCUUGUAAUGUUACACAUUACAAGCUUAUUACACAUUAAACAUGUCUACUUUUUACAA